AAUAAAUUCGAUAUGGUUACCCCAUUCAAUAGCAUUUUUUCGAUAACUCCAAGACGACGUCAUAUUUUUUGCAAAAACAGUGCUUUUAAUUGAUAAAAUUAAACAUUUUUUAAGAAACUGUGCAAUAUUGUCUUAUCAAAACAAAGUAUGGCUGAUUAACAAAAAUAUUUCGAAACGUAAACAAAAACAAUUUCUUAUAUUUACCUAAAAAUAACACUACCAAAGGGCACUUACAAUCAAAAAAGGGGCUGCGUUAGCCAAAGCUGAAAUUAUUAACUAGCAUCAGCACCAUGGAAAUACCUAUUCAUCCUUUAACUAGUGAUCCCACCUCCGCUUGGAAGGAGAUCUCUAAAACUCAACGUGUCAUAAAAGUUACCAUGAAACCACCUCAAACAGGAGUGGCUUUUAAUAAGGCGCGCGUUGUGUGCAUGAGUGAUACGCACUCAUUGACCCCCUACAUUAAGUUUGAUAUACCGGAUGGUGAUAUUUUUAUACAUGCCGGAGAUUUUACCAAAUGUGGCCAGUUAGAGGAAGUUAUAGAAUUUAAUAACUGGAUUAGUACUCUGCCGCAUAAACACAAAAUUGUUAUUGCCGGAAAUCAUGAAUUGAGUUUUGAUUCGACAUUUACCCAUCCAUUUCAAAAUCGAAAUAGUAAUGAAAGAACUAAACACACUGGUAUGUCCAUACUUGAUGACCUGCCCACGCUAGGCAAUGCCAAAGAAAAUAUUGUAGAUGCCGUUCAAACUCCCAACAUUCGAGAUGUUUUAACCAAUUGUACCUAUAUCGAAGAUGAACUCAUAGAAAUUUGGGGUAUACGUAUAUAUGGCAGUCCCUGGCAACCGGAAUUUUGUAAAUGGGCUUUUAAUGUACCGCGUGGUUUACCAUGUCUAGAGAAAUGGAAUCAAAUACCAUCAGAUAUUGAUAUUUUAGUUACGCAUACACCACCCGUGGGGCAUGGUGAUCUAUGCUGUUCGGGUGUACGUGCCGGUUGUGUAGAACUAUUGACAACCAUACAGAAACGUGUUAAACCCAAAUAUCAUGUAUUUGGUCAUGUCCACGAAGGUUAUGGUAUAACCUCAGAUGGCCGGGUGAUCUAUGUGAAUGCAUCAACGUGCGAUAUUAAUUAUUUACCCAAUAAUCCUCCUAUUGUUUUUGAUGUAACGUUACCGCCCGGUUGUCGUAAGGAUGAGUAAAAUUAAUCGAAUUAAGCAAUGAACAAACACAGGUGGAUUAUAUUAGUCAUGUUUUUUUUAGUUUUAUUUGUAUAUAUAGUUUUUAUAUACGCGUUUUUAUGUUUUUGUAAUGAUAUUAAAUAUAUUUUUGUACAAAUUUUUUUAUUAUAAUUUCGUUGUUUUAAAACACGUA